UCUGACUGUAAACCAAUCAACUUCGGAAAGAAGCGCUGUCUGCAGAAAGUAAAUUUUGCAUGCAGCUGUACCCAACGCUUGUGGCGUGCUUUGAGUUUGUGUUGUUUUACGAUGGCGGAAAUUUUCCCAACCACUUGCCGGUUUUGUUUGGCGCAGGAUCCAUCCACGAGAUGCUUUUUCGACGCAUUCAUUUGCAAAGAAGAACGUAACAAAGUGCUAGCUCUGCUAGAAAUGGAGAUUCAUCCGUCGGAUGCGUAUACGAAUAUUUGUGUGGAAUGCGAAAACAACAUCGCCAUCGUCUAUAGCAUUAUUAGUGAAAUGCGAAGCAACAACAAGCUUUUCCUUGCCCUUCAAUCGCAGCAAAACGAAGCACAAUUCCACCAGGAUAAUGAUGCCAAAUCGGAAGAUGAUAACGACGUGCCAGCCGGACCAACUGUACUUGGCCUUUGCAUAGAGAAAAUCGAAUAUAGCGACGAAGAAUAUUUGUACGAAGUGGACGAACAAUUGGAAGACGAGGACUCGGUUGCAUACGAGCAAAAUGAUGAUAAACAAACUAAUUCCGCCGGCGAACCAUCGCUCGAUUCCAAUCGCCCUAUCAGGGAGCAGCUAGAAUUGCCCCAUGAAGAUGAUACCUUAUCCUCACGAUGUGGCAAGUGUUGGUUGACGCUAUACAGCGACAACGAUUGGAAUGGCUCCUUGCCUGGUAACCGUUUUGGAUGCUUGUACUGUUCGGAGGUAUUCGCGUCGCAGACCGAUUUAGAGCAGCAUCGGGAAAGCUGUGAAGAGUAUCAGUGUGGUGGCUGUAAUCAGAGCUUCACCUUUUUGCAACAGCUGCUAAAGCACAAGUCGUGUAAGCGUAGAAAAAUGCAUCGUUUGCGAAAUGUUAAACACUUGUUAAACGCUGACAAUCUGCUCGAAGAGCAAACAAACCCAUUGAGUUGUGCAGUGUGCAACGAGGAAUACCCUUACAAUGAGGAAGUGCCGGAGGACAUCCAUGAAACACACCAGGAGAUCGACGUAAAGUGGCAUCGAUGCGAUCGGUGCCCCAAACAGUUCUAUUCGCUUGCCUCCGCCCGCCAUCAUCGUGCCUUGCAUACACUCCAAAAAUUCCCGCGGAAAAAUCAAACAUCUUUGUCGAAAGAAUGCAAAGAAGCGAAUCAGACGAAAGGAUCGAACGAAUGCACCAUCUGCCGUACCGAGUUCAAGUACCAUCGCGAGCUGCUGCAGCAUCUAGAAACGGCACAUGCGGGCGUUUCCAUUGAGCUGUACCAAUGCACGCAGUGCGAUGGACAGUUUACCUCCCAGGCAAAGCUGGACAAGCACACGCAUAACACGCACCGGGCACGGAAGUCCCGGUACUGCUGUUCGUACUGUGGGCGCCGGUUUAACAAACGCAUCAUGCUGGUGGAUCACGAAACCGUUCACCGUGGCCAGACGAAGUACCACUGCGAUACGUGCAGGCGGGGCUUCACGUACAAAAGCUCGUACGAUCGGCACAUGGAGGUGGUGCACAGUGAGGCGAAAAAUUUCUCGUGCAAGUAUUGCGCCAAGAGCUUCAAAAGAAAAUCGACCUUAAUAACGCACGUGCGGUUGCAUACCGGCGAGAAACCGUUCGAAUGCGCCACCUGUGACUUCCGUUGUAGCGACGCUAGCUCGCUCCGCAAGCACAAUAUGAAAUUCCAUUGGGCCAAAAAAGGAGAGAAGCUGUAGGUUUUCGGAUAUGUAGGGGAAAGCGGGGCAAAAUGGGCAUGUGGGGCAAAAUGGGCACCCUCUAUUUAAGCAUUAUUUGACUACAAAGAUGCUUUCCAAUGCUCAAAAUGUAUUCAUUAGAGUGUUCUAUGAACACCAUGUAAGUUUCAUAACCCUUACAUAACAAAUAACUAAGAAAAAUGCAAAAUAAGGUUUAGCAGCAUAUUGAUGUAAUUUUUGCCACUUCGAAAAUAAGCUUAAACGUGUGUCACAGGGAUGCGUUGAAGUUUUUCAUGAUAUAUUUUUAAAGAUAUGAUAUUUCUUUACAAUUUGUCUGAAGAAAGCAAGGCGAUUGAAUGCGUAUUUUUACUAAUAUAAUAAAAAGUACAAAAAUGCUUCACGUGGGGCAAAAUGGGCAGUUACGCUUGGGGCAAAAUGGGCAGAUGCUUUUGACAUACGGCGCGUGGUGAGGCUAUGGUGUUGUAUUUGUCGCCUCAAUAAUGAUAACAGGCACAGCUUCAAAACAUUCGAUUUUGUAGAUUUAAACGUGUAAAAACUGUUAUAAUUUUGAUAACAUAUUUUUGGAAGAAUUUCAAGGGCUUUUCUGACCAGCAAAUCAAAAGAUAGAACGAAAAAUACAUUUCACGAAACGUGCGCAAAAGCAUAGACCAUUACCUAAGCGCAGUUGUUGUGGCCCAUAUUGCCCCAGUGUUUUGACGUUUCACAGUUUGUUUACAUAUGCCCAUUUUGCCCCAGGGCUAUGCCCAUUUUACCCCGUGUGUCAAAAUAGCUUCUCGUAAAACAUCAACUUUUAUUUUACAUUAUUUUAUUGUUUUUAAGUUGUUUUCAUUAUAUGUGGCAAUUUUAAUCCAUAGAUAAAUGGUGGAGGUAUACCAUAAUGAAACAAAAAUUGUGUUUUGUGGAAUAUUCAAAGGAAUAUUCAGUAAAUUGCUUAACAUGCCCAUUUUGCCCCGCUUUCCCCUACUGGACAUACAGCAAUUCAAAUGAUUCAUGAAAUAAUUGUAAAAAGCACCUAAAAAAAUAAAGCUACCCUUCUUCAAAGUAAACCCUUGGAAGACUUGUGAAAACGGCAUCUACAUUCGCCCUGCCCGCGUCGCGCUGGCUACAUCAUAAAAAUUUGUAGUUUACGUGAAAGCAACUGUUGCCUAUUUUAUACGAAACAAAGAUUCAUGAAAAGCGGCUGUCAAACGGCGGAGCUGGCAUUUCCCAUUAGGCAGUGCUCUAGCACCGGAUGUCCGAUACGACAAUCAACAAA